UGUUAUUUCCCAUCCCCACAUCCACACUUCUCAGCUGCUCCCAUUACCUAUUUCCCUCUCCCUUUUUAGCCAUUUUCUCAAAACCCAAAAAACCUCCACUUUCCCUUCCCUCUCUCUCUCUCUCUCUCUCUAACCUACUCAACUCAAACCCAAGUGAGUUGAGCAUCAAAAAUAGCUUAGCAGAAAGCCAGAAACUGUAUAAUGGGUUUAACAGUUCUGCUUUUCCUCUUCUUCUCAGCUUUCUUAACUCCCUCAUUAUCCAACCCCCAUUCACCACUCAACACUGCAUAUUACACUAAAUCAUGUCCAAGAUUCGAACAAAUAAUGCAAGAAACAACUACAAACAAACAGAUCACUUCCCCCACAACCGCUGCCGCCACUCUCCGUCUCUUCUUCCACGACUGUUUCGUCGGCGGUUGUGACAGUUCCGUCUUAAUCUCAUCCACACCAUUUAACAAAGCUGAACGUGACGCUGAAAUCAACUUAUCUCUUCCAGGUGAUGGGUUUGAUGUAAUCACACGCGCCAAGAUCGCGCUUGAACUCACGUGUCCAGGUGUUGUCUCUUGUUCAGACAUACUUGCUGUUGCUGCUCGUAACCUCGUUGUCCAAACUGGGGGCCCGUUUUAUCAAGUUAAAUUGGGCCGUAAAGAUUCUUUUGUUUCUAAAGCUGAUUCUGUUGAAGGAAAUUUGCCCCGACCCACAAUGCCAAUGGAUCAAAUGAUUAAGAUUUUUGAAUCUAAAGGGUUUACAGUUCAAGAAAUGGUUGCAUUAUCUGGUGCUCACACAAUUGGUUUCUCACAUUGUAAAGAAUUCAGCUCAAAUCUAUCUGACCCUUCGUAUAAUCCUCGAUUUGCUCAAGCUUUAAGAAAUGCUUGUGGUAAUUAUCAGAAAGAUCCAACGUUGUCUGUGUUUAAUGAUGUAAUGAGUCCUAAUAAGUUUGAUAAUAUGUAUUAUCAGAACUUGCCUAAGGGUUUGGGUUUGUUGUCUUCAGAUAGGGGUUUGUUUUCAGAUCCGAGGACGAAGAUUUUUGUUGAAGAGUAUAUUAGAGAUCAAAAUGUGUUUUUUAAGGCGUUUGGUUCAGCUAUGCAGAAGUUAAGUGAGCAUGGUGUUAAAUUUGGCAAACAUGGUGAGAUCAGGCACAGGUGUGAUGCUUUCAACAAUUGAAUUAAUUGAGAGGGGUGGUUGAUUAAUUAUCUUAUGUUUUGUGGGUUCGAAUUUGUUUUUGCAUUUAAUCAUUUACAAGAUGAAACUUAUAAUAUGUAUACAAUGUUUUUAUCAUUUAUUUAGAUCAGAAAGCUCCCCAUUA